CGGUCGCGGGGCGCGCUCGCCGCCCGUCGCGGGAGCUGCAUGUGCGCGGGAGCCGCGGCGGAGGAUGGCCGUGCUCAAGCUCGCCGACCAGCCACCACUGGUCCAGGCGAUUUUCAGCGGUGAUCCAGAAGAGAUACGGAUGUUGAUCUACAAAACUGAGGAUGUCAACGCCUUGGAUGCUGAGAAGAGAACCCCUCUUCACGUUGCAUCAUUCCUGGGAGAUGCAGAUAUCAUUGAGCUGCUCAUUUUGUCAGGCGCUCGUGUCAAUGCCAAGGACAAUAUGUGGCUGACUCCUCUCCAUCGAGCAGUUGCUUCAAGAAGUGAAGAAGCCGUGCAGGUGCUCAUCAAGCACUCGGCCGAUGUCAACGCCCGGGACAAGAACUGGCAGACGCCGCUGCACGUGGCGGCCGCCAACAAGGCGGUGAAGUGUGCCGAGAUCCUGAUCCCCCUGCUGAGCAGCGUCAAUGUUUCGGACCGCGGCGGGCGCACGGCACUGCACCACGCCGCCCUCAACGGCCACAUCGAGAUGGUGAACUUGCUCUUAGCCAAGGGGGCAAACAUCAAUGCUUUUGACAAAAAGGACAGAAGAGCUCUUCACUGGGCAGCAUACAUGGGUCACCUGGAAGUUGUUGCCUUACUGAUUAAUCAUGGUGCAGAAGUAACUUGUAAAGACAAGAAGGGUUACACCCCACUUCAUGCAGCUGCAUCCAAUGGGCAGAUUAACAUUGUGAAACAACUCCUUAACCUGGGGGUGGAGAUUGAUGAGAUGAACAUCUAUGGAAAUACUGCACUUCACAUUGCCUGUUACAAUGGUCAGGAUUCUGUUGUUAAUGAGCUGAUUGACUAUGGUGCUAAUGUAAAUCAGCCUAAUAACAAUGGAUUCACCCCCUUGCAUUUUGCUGCUGCCUCCACUCAUGGAGCACUGUGUCUUGAACUACUAGUGAAUAAUGGGGCAGAUGUUAAUAUUCAGAGUAAGGAUGGGAAGAGCCCCCUGCACAUGACAGCUGUCCAUGGGAGGUUCACGCGGUCGCAGACCCUCAUCCAGAACGGAGGGGAGAUCGACUGUGUUGAUAAGGAUGGUAACACCCCUCUGCACGUGGCUGCAAGAUACGGACACGAGCUUUUGAUCAACACCCUCAUAACCAGCGGAGCUGAUACUGCCAAGUGUGGGAUCCACAACAUGUUCCCUUUACACUUAGCAGCACUGAAUGCCCACUCAGACUGCUGCAGGAAAUUGUUGUCAUCGGGACAAAAGUAUAGCAUAGUGUCCUUGUUUAGUAAUGAGCACGUGCUGUCUGCAGGCUUUGACAUAGACACUCCCGACAGCUUCGGAAGAACGUGCCUGCACGCGGCCGCUGCCGGAGGCAAUGUAGAAUGUAUAAAACUCUUGCAAAGCAGCGGAGCAGAUUUUAAUAAGAAGGACAAAUGUGGAAGGACACCUUUGCACUAUGCAGCUGCAAAUUGUCAUUUCCACUGCAUCGAGACACUGGUGACAACAGGAGCCAAUAUUAAUGAGACAGAUGACUGGGGACGCACCCCUUUGCACUAUGCUGCUGCUUCUGACAUGGACCGAAAAAGAAAGAAUAUUUUAGGUAACUCCCAUGAAAAUGCUGAAGAACUUGAAAGAGCCACUGAGAUGAAGGAAAAAGAAGCUGCAUUGUGUCUCGAGUUCCUUCUCCAAAACGAUGCCAACCCAUCCAUCCAGGACAAGGAGGGCUACAACACUGUGCAUUACGCUGCUGCCUACGGGCACCGCCAGUGCUUGGAACUGCUUCUGGAAAAAACAAACAAUAUGUUUGAGGAAUCUGAUUCUGCAGCUACAAAAAGUCCUUUGCAUUUAGCUGCCUAUAAUGGUCAUCAUCAAGCUCUGGAGGUACUUCUCCAGUCUCUGGUCGAUCUGGAUAUUAAGGAUGAGAAGGGACGCACUGCUCUGGACCUGGCUGCCUUCAGAGGACACGCAGAGUGUGUGGAAGCUCUCAUCAGCCAGGGUGCUUCUGUCACCGUAAAGGACAAUGUCACCAAAAGGACCCCCCUCCAUGCCUCAGUCAUUAAUGGCCAUACACCUUGUUUACGGUUGUUGCUGGAAGUUGCAGACAACCCUGAUGUGACAGAUGCCAAAGGACAAACUCCACUAAUGCUUGCAGUGGCAUAUGGGCACGUUGAUGCUGUUUCUUUAUUACUUGAAAAAGAAGCAUCUGUAGAUGCAGCUGAUCUCCUGGGAUGCACAGCUUUACAUCGAGGGAUCAUGACUGGGCAUGAAGAAUGUGUGCAGAUGCUGUUAGAGAAGGAAGUGUCUAUUUUGUGUAAAGAUGCCAGAGGCAGGACACCUCUGCACUUCGCAGCAGCUCGGGGUCACGCCACGUGGCUGAGCGAGUUACUGCAGGUGGCCCUUUCCGAGGAGGACUGCAGCCUCAAGGACAACCAGGGCUACACACCCCUGCACUGGGCUUCUUACAAUGGUCAUGAAAACUGCAUAGAGGUACUAUUGGAACAAAAGCUUUUCCACAAGUUCUAUGGUAAUAGCUUCUCUCCAUUGCACUGUGCUGUAAUCAAUGAUCAUGAAAACUGUGCAUCACUACUCAUUGGAGCCAUCGACGCCAGCAUUGUCAAUUGUGAAGAUGACAAAGGAAGGACGCCCCUGCAUGCUGCAGCCUUCGCCGACCACGUGGAGUGCCUGCAGCUGCUGCUGAGCCACAGCGCACAGGUGAACGCGGCCGACGGCGCGGGCAGAACGCCGCUCAUGAUGGCAGCGCACGGCGGGCACGUGGGCGCUGUCGACUUUCUGGUGAACAUUGCCAAGGCUGACCUGACAUUGAAAGAUAAGGAGCUGAAUACAUCUUUGCACUUGGCUAGCAGUAAAGGUCAUGAAAAAUGUGCCUUGUUAAUACUUGACAAGAUCCAAGAACAGAGCCUUAUUAAUGCAAAAAAUAAUGCAUUGCAGACACCUCUUCAUAUUGCUGCACGAAAUGGCCUCAAGAUGGUGGUUGAAGAGUUGCUGGCCAAAGGGGCCUGUGUCCUGGCAGUAGAUGAAAAUGGUCAUACGCCAGCCCUGGCUUGUGCUCCUAACAAAGACGUGGCUGACUGCCUGGCACUCAUUUUGGCUACCAUGAUGCCUUUUUCUCCCUCCAGUUCAGUGACGGCUUUCAACUUCACUUGUUUUAAAAAAGACAAUUUGGGCAGGACACACCUCUGCGAUGGCUCCACUAUGGGUAGCAUUAACUCUUACAAUAAGCCCUUGAGUAAUAACAUAGGAACAGAGGAUGGGUACAAUGAAAAUGAUUCGGAUUCUGAAACAUUCUGACUCAUUGGUAUUCGAAAACUUUUUUUGUUAUUAUUUCAUUUCAGCUUUAAUUUUUGUCUUUUUAAACAGCUUAAAUCCCAGUUAUGUUCUUAACUAUUAUUCUUGACAAGGUAUUGAAAGGUUUGUAGUGUUGAUGAGAAUCAAGCCUUUAAAUAACAAAAUUAGAGGGAUUUACUGGAACAUAUUCCUGUUAGGGUUCUGCAGCUUUUCAGUUUCCUGAUGUUUUCUUUAGGCCCAAAGUGCCCCUGUGGAAAGUCUCUACCUCUUAUUUUAAGUAGAAAAACAAAAAAUGCCUUUUUUCUUUUUGACAGCACAAAUAAACAGGGAACUGUUUGUAAAAAAUUCUUCUAUGUUUUAGCUGCACCUUUAGUACACAAUCCUAUUUCCAGCAUAGCCUUCACAGAUUCGAGCAUCACCCCUUUCCUACGUUUGUCUGUUUCCUGCUUCCAGGGGCUCUGUUAAUUAGGUAAUUUUUUUACAUGAACCAAAGGUAAAGUUGUAAUCUUAAAACUGCCUGUAUUACUUUUCUACAGGAAAUGAAACCUUUUACAUUCUGCCUGUAUUAAGCACUUAAACGUACAGAAGGCACUUUUUUAUAGUUCUUAGUUGCAGUACACAAUUAGAAAAAUGUAGUUGUUUACUCUGAAGGCCAAAUUCUGCUCAUCUCACCAUAUUUUCUCAUGAACAUCACUUCUGUAAAAUGCUAAUCACUUGGCCCUUAUUUUUUUUUUCAAUUCAGCACAAAUGUGUAUGGUUUAUUUGCACUACAGAAUUAGGGUCAUUAGAUGUUUCUGUCACCUGAGCCAUUAAUCAUGAAUCCAGUACCAGAAAAAAAAAAUGGGGAGAGGGGGAGAAAUCAGGUGUAGACAAAGGUGUAUGUAAAAAUUUAUAAUGAUUUGCCAACUUAAAUGGCGCCCUUUUCCUUUUCUAUGGUUAAAUAACUUAUUUUUACUGUAAAAAGUACUGAAUUUUAAAAUACUUUUGCCAGUGUUUGGAUUAACAGAGCAAAGGUAAAGCAAUGAAAGCGUAACACCAAAAGUUGAAAUACCAAACACCAGAAAUAGCAGUGUACCGUGCAGGGGACCAGAUAGAUGCUAAAAAGCCUUUUGUCACCAGCUUUCAAAGCAGUGUCAACUUUGUGAAUAUGUUUACUCCUUCUGCCAAAGUUUCUAGGUCAAAUGGACCCCGACCCUCCUCUGCAACAGAUGUACAAAAGGAAGAAUGAGACUUUGUAAACAAAAACAAAAAAACACAAACAAAAACUGUCAUGAACUAACCAGCCGUACCAAGAGGACCAAAACGCUUCAGUAAUUAAAUUGAAGACUUUGCUACUUUUAUUUUUUUUCUUCAAAUGUGAGUGACAUAAUGAAGUAGUUUUUUUUCUAAAUGAUAAAAAUAUAAACUUUUGAGGUAAUAGUAGUCUUGGCUGAAAUUUACAUUUUAUGACACAGGUUUCAAGUUGACAUUUUUAACUGAUGAUGUGUUGACCACAGGUGGGUUCUUUUUCCAGACUUAAGAAUAUGUUCAUAUACUUUUAAUGUAAAUGUGUUUCUAUUUAUUUGAAAUGAAACAAAUGCCCAGGAAAAAGAACUGUGGCUUGUUCUCCUAGUUAGCAUUCAUGCAUACUGAAAUGAAAUGUGAAUCUGGCAAGACUGAGGGCCUGAGGAUCAAAAGGAAGGGUGGAUGCAUUCUGGGAGAGUGCCCAUCUUGUAUGGAAUGCAAAGGUCCACUGGCUGUGUUGGGAAAAAGCAGAGAGCAGAACACCUUCCUUUGUUUAAGAGCUUAAGAAAGGGAUCCAGCCCCUUGCCAGACAGGUGAGAAAACCCACACAGCUGUGGCAGGGGGGGGACAGAAGGUGGCAGAGCAUGGAGUCAGGUGUUCCUGUUCCUGUCGUUCACACUCAGCUUGUCUCAGGCCUGUGUCUGUGCUGGGAGGGUGACAUGAGCUUCCUCAGUGCUCACCUUUGGCAGGGUAAAGGAAAAGUAAGGAUUUGAAUACUUAAAACACUGAAAGUAAGAGGAGAGAUCAGCUGUUAAAAAAUUUCAGUGGUGCCUGUUCCAAAAUGAAUAGUAAUCCCAAAUUUUGGGGUUUUUUAAUGUGGAAGGAUGGCAUUGAAAAGAAACAUAUGGGAAAUAGCUGCCACCUGUCUAACAGCAGAAUCAGCAUUUUCAUCUUAUUUUAAGCAGAAAUGUAGGCAGGCUCCUUGGCAGGAUUAGUGGUAAGUCUCACCCUGAAAUACAGAAAAGUACGCUAUCCUACAUGACAGUGCUUCAUUAAGAGAAAACCAUCCCUCUUUAUAAAAAAGUUGUUACAUUAUUUUGAGCAGCCAUUUUAAAAGUUUAAGUAUUUUUACCUGCUACCAUACAGUGACCAAAUACCUCGUACACUGGUAACUGUGUAGUGCAACAGCUGCUGCCUCUUAGUGCAUCCCAGCAGCAGAGGUGAAUUAUUUCUGAGUCACGCUGGUCCUUCCAGGAGCCAAAUUAACCUUUACCCAUGGAACCCUACAGUGCUGUCAGGGUGCAGCAUUCCAAAAAGCACAGGGACGUAGGCUGUGCUCACACCUCCAGGGCACUGCACAGGUCAUGUCUGAGGGUGCUGGAUUUAGGAGGAAAACUGCCACAGGCGAGACACUCAGAAGUGCUCAGUGUUGGCCUGUCCCACAUCUCACAUGAGUUACCAGAAUCCCUUUUUUGGUAUGCUAGCACAUUAAUCUGUAAUUUAUCACAUGUAGAAAUAAAUGUGUAGUUUAGGGCAGGUGUUUAGGCAUGGGAGUGAUGUUACUCUUGUAAAUAAUCUCCUUGCCUUUCUGUGGACUUCUUACAAGAGUAAUCAUACAGAAUUGUUGCACUUAACCCUGGAUCCCACAACUUAGAGCACAUGGACAACUUGUGUGUGUGCACACAGCAGAGGGCCCUUGGGGAGGGGCAGCUCCCUUCCCUGCCCAGGUGAAUUGGCAGGAUCAUUUCAUCCUGUAUUUUAACCACAGCUGCAGGUGGAAUCCAGAGCAGGAUGGGCUCCCAAGUCUCUCUCAUAAAUACUGAGUUACAACCUCCAGACUGCCUGAAAUUGCUGUGAAAUAGCUCAGGGGAUUUCUGUUCAUCGCUACUAAAAGGGCACCAUAAUGUGUUUGGUACUUUUAUGCAGUCAACAACUGCCAGGUUAUUGAAUUAGAACAAACACAUGAAAUGAAUUGUUUAUCCAUUGUACUGUUGAGAAACUUGGUUAUGUAUUUGAGGAAGAUUUUAAAAAAAUAUUGUGAUUUUUAUUCUUAGUCAUGUAAGAAAUAUUAGAGUGCCUUUUUAUAUUUGUGUAUAAUGGAAAUGUUUUGUGAAACUUGUCUUUUUUUUUUUUUUCAUUUGAGUGUUAUAAAAGCAAUAUAUUACCAGUAAAUUUUCAUUUCAGACCUUCUUUGAAUGUAUAAAGUGUUUCUUCUUUUCAUAUGUUCUACCUGCAUUGAAAUGAAAAUUAAUAUGCUAAAUUUCUAUAGGAAUAAUGUAUAAUUUUUGCAGUGCUGAAAAUGCUUUCUUAUUACACAAAAAGUAAACUUAGGUCAGUGUUAUAGGAAAGGGCGUUUUAAACUAGUGACAAUCUUGAGUGUGUGUAUAAAAUGUAAUUUUAUGCAUUUCUUAUGCAGUGAUCUACAUAUUAAAGCCAAUAUCUUAUGUUUUGUAGGUUUUGUCUUAUAUUUUAUGCUUUAGCAUGUGCAAUAUAUCUUUACAAACCAUGGUGAUACGCAUCUGGUGCCAGUGUUAUAUUUUGCAUAACAUUUGUAAUAAACGAUAUAAAACAUUGUUUGAUGGUUUCAGUGGGGUUUUGUCGGUAUUGUUUGCUUUUGUAAAUUGAAGUUUAAGGACUUGGGUAAAUGUCACAUAUGAAAUGAGGGGAAAAAAACCAACUUAAUUAAUUGAAUGACUUGGAAUUCAACCUGAACCUUCUCAAGCACAGUUUAGUAACUUUUUAAACUACUGAAUGCUGUAUUAAUGUAAUAAAGAACCCUAACUGUAAACUACUAUUGCAAUGCAUUCAGAUGGUUAUUUUUACAAAUAAAAAUGGUACAAAUACAGUGGAAAA